AUGUUGCAGGAGUCAUCAGAUAUGCCUCUUUCAAAACCACUCAUUGAAAACCUUGUAAGUGACAAACCAGUGUGCAUCCACUGGUUCAGGCAUGGACUGCGUCUUCACGACAAUCCCGCCCUUCUUGAUGCAGUAGAAGACUGUGGCGAGUUGUAUCCAAUCUUCAUCUUUGAUGGGGAAGUGGCAGGCACACGUACAGCCGGUUAUAACCGCAUGCGUUUCCUCUUGGAGAGCCUGCGAGACAUGGAUGAACAAUUCAUUAAAGAUGGUGGACGUCUGUUUGUUUUCACCGGACCUGUCCUAACCAUUCUAUCCAAUUUGUUCAAGGAGUGGUCAGUUUCAAAGCUGACGUUUGAUGUGGACGUGGAAGCGAUCUGGCACGAAAGGGACACACAGGUUCGGCGUCUCUGUGAGGAGUACAAUGUUGAAUGUGUCGAGAAGGUCUCGCAUGUACUCUGGGAUCCUAAAGAAAUUUUGAAGAACAAUGGCGGAAGACCCCCACUGACGUACUCGCUGUUUAAUCAGGUUGCGGUUGCCGUAGGUGACCCACCUAGACCAGUAGAUGUCCCUGACUUAUCCAAAGUCACAUACAAGGUCAAUACCGACCACGACAAGUUGUUUGGCAUUCCUGAUAUCCACUCAUUCGGUGUAUUUGCGGAGAAUGAAGAACAGAAUCAGCGCCAUAAUAUUUGGAUGGGUGGCGAGUCAAAGGCUCUGGACCUACUUCGGCAUAGAAUGACUGUUGAGGAAAUGGCAUUCAGUUGUGGUAACGUGAUGCCGAACCAGACAUUUCCAGACAUUGCGGGCCCUCCACUUAGUAUGAGUGCACACCUGAGGUUCGGCUGUCUUUCCAUACGGAAGUUAUACUGGGGUCUAAGGGAUGCUUAUCUGAAGAUAAACCCAGGUAAGGCGUUCACGAUAUCUGUGGUCGGCCAGCUGAUGUGGCGGGAGUACUUCUACACGAUGUCUGUGAACAACAUAAACUACGACAAGAUGGACAGCAACCCAAUCUGCUUGAACAUUCCCUGGUAUGAGGAUAAGGAAAGACUGAAGAAAUGGGAACAGGGAGAGACUGGUUAUCCAUGGAUUGACGCGAUUAUGAAGCAGCUGAAAAACGAGGGAUGGAUUCACCACGUGUGUCGUCACGCGACGUCCACCUUCCUAACCCGCGGGGAUCUCUGGCUUUCUUGGGAGGAGGGACUUAAGGUGUUUGACAAGUACCUGUUGGAUGCUGAUUGGUCGGUGUGUGCUGGAAACUGGAUGUGGAUGUCUAGCUCCGCCUUUGAGAAGAUUCUCCAGUGCCCAAAGUGUUUCUGCCCUGUGCGAUACGGACGCAAGAUGGACCCAGAUGGUGUAUAUAUUAGACGCUACCUGCCGAUAUUGAAGAACAUGCCCAUUCGUUACCUAUUUGAGCCGUGGAAGGCCCCAAAAGCCGUCCAGGAGAAGGCUGGCUGUGUUAUCGGCGUAGACUACCCCAAACCAAUGGUGGACCACGGAAAGGCUUCCAAGGAGUGUUACAACAUGAUGAUGGAAGUCAAGAAUAAGCUGAUUGCCUCAAGCAAAGAAAUCGAACACUGUGGUCCAGCCAACUCUGACGAGGUUGGCCAGUUCGUCUGGCUGCCGGGAACCCACAAAGGAAUCUGCUCCUCGGGUAAACAGGAGACGAGUGAAGGGGUGCUGUGUGACGGACUCUUGGGAAUGUGA